AUGUUUUCUGAUCUGGCUGGCCUCAACUACACCUACAACGUGAGCGACGACCCGUUCAGUUUCCUGGACCGGGAAUGGCGCGACACACCGAAAGAGACUCUGUCCAGGACUGGCUUCAUCGUGCUCUCUGUGUUCCUGGGCUUGAUAAUGAUCUUCGGCUUCCUCAACAACUUCGUCGUACUGCUUCUCUUCUGCAAGUUUAAAACUCUGCGUACUCCGGUCAACAUGCUCCUGCUCAACAUCAGCGUGAGCGACAUGCUGGUGUGCAUGUUCGGCACCACGCUCAGCUUCACCUCCAGUAUCAAGGGAAAGUGGCUCCUGGGCCGCCACGGCUGCUUGUGGUAUGGCUUCAUCAACUCCUGCUUCGGUAUCGUGUCGUUGAUCUCCCUGGUGGUCCUGUCCUACGACCGCUACAGUACCCUGACCGUGUACAACAAGCGUGGUCCCGACUACCGCAAGCCCCUGCUGGCCGUGGGGGGCUCCUGGCUGUACUCCCUGAUCUGGACGGUGCCCCCUCUGCUAGGCUGGAGUAGCUACGACCUGGAGGGGGCCGGCACCAGCUGCUCCGUGUCCUGGACCCUGAGGACAGCUCAGUCCCACGCCUACAUCAUCUGUCUGUUCGUCUUCUGCCUGGGCCUGCCCAUCGUCAUCAUGGUCUACUGCUACUGUCGGCUGCUGUGGGCCGUCAAACAGGUGGGUAAGAUCCGUAAGACUGCGGCGCGGCGGAGAGAGCACCACAUCCUGUUUAUGGUGCUGACCACAGUGGUGUGUUAUAUACUGUGCUGGAUGCCCUAUGGCGUGGUAGCCAUGAUGGCCACAUUCGGCCGGCCCGGCAUCAUCACCCCCGUGGCCGCCGUGGUGCCCUCCCUCCUGGCCAAGAGCAGCACCGUCAUCAACCCCAUCAUCUACAUCCUCAUGAACAAACAGUUCUACAGGUGUUUCCUGAUCCUGUUCCGGUGUGAACGGCGCUCCACGGAGAACGGCCUCUCCUCCAUGCCCUCCAAGACCACCGCCAUCCAGCUCAACCGGCGUGUCUACAGCAACACGGUGGCGUGCACCGCCCGGAUCUCCACUGGUAUCCACAACCAUGGCUGCAGCACCCCGGCCACUGAGCGCAACAACCCUCCCGAGGUCACUUCCUGA